AUGGCGACGCAGGGGAGCGAUUCAUCUAAACCUACCGCAAGCAACGGAGAGGUGAGCAGCAAUGGAAGCGCUGCAACGGCAGAAGGUCAAACUGUGCAGACGGCUGAAAAUGCUCAGGACCCUCAGCAGCAGCAGCAAGCACCUAAUGCCUGGCAGGUCAUCAAAGGUGUCCUCUUUAGAAUCUUCAUAAUUUGGGCAAUCAGUAGUUGGUUCCGCAGAGGGCCAUCCACUCCUGAUCCGAACACACCAGCAGGGGCCCCCAGAGUACCCAGCAGGAACCUGUUUCCUAAAGACACCCUCAUGGACCUGUACGUGUAUGUGUCCCAGGAGGAGGUGUUCACUGACUUCAACAAUACAGAUGCCCUGUUUUGGUUCAACAGAGACCUGGUCUAUGGAGACUGGACCACAGGGGAGAGUGGAGAUGGCUGCUACCACCACAAUAAAGAGUUAGAAAUCUCAGAGAAAGUACAACAGAACGGCUCCCUUUACAUCCACGUCUUCUUCACUAAAAGUGGAUUCCACCCUGACCCAAAACGCAAGGGGCAGUACCGCAGACUGGCAACAGUGCAUUCAUCAAGAAUGCUUAAUAAAUUCAAGAGGAGGAAGUUUCUGAAAACCAAGAAUCUGCUCACAGGAGAAACUGAAGCAGAUCCUGAAAUGAUCAAGCGGGCAGAAAGCCACGGCCCAGUGGAGAUUAUCUCACACUGGCACCCUAACCUCACCAUCAACAUGGUAGAUGAUCACACAGCCUGGGUAAAGGGCUCUGUUCCACCCCCUCUAGACCAAUAUGUUAAGUUUGAUGCAGUCAGUGGAGACUACUACCCCAUUGUAUACUUCAAUGAUUACUGGAACCUUCAGAAGGACUACUAUCCUAUCAACGAGAGCCUUACCAUACUCCCUCUGAGGCUCACCUACUGCCCGCUGUCCCUCUGGCGCUGGCAGCUAUAUGCGGCCCAGAAUGCUCGCUCACCGUGGAACUUCCUACCCGAGGACACCUACGAGCAGUCUGAUGAAGACCAAGACUCUGUCAAGGUCGCCCUUUUGGAAACCAAUCCCUACCUGCUCGGACUCACCAUUGUGGUGUCUAUUGUGCACAGCAUCUUUGAGUUUCUUGCUUUUAAAAAUGAUAUCCAGUUUUGGAACAGCAGACAGUCUCUGGAAGGGCUGUCUGUGCGCUCCAUUAUAUUCGGGGUCUUUCAGUCUCUGGUUGUGCUGUUGUACAUUUUGGACAACGAAACCAACUUUGUUGUGCAAGUCAGUGUCUUCAUCGGUCUACUUAUUGACCUGUGGAAAAUCACCAAAGUUAUGGAUGUCAGGUUGGACCGAGAGAACAAAAUUGCAGGGAUCCUUCCAAGAUUGAUAUUCAAAGAUAAGUCAACAUAUGUGGAGUCUUCAACCAAAAUCUAUGAUGACAUGGCCUUCAGGUACCUGUCAUGGCUACUCUAUCCUCUGUUCGGCUGCUAUGCAGUCUACAGUUUAUUGUACGUAGAGCACAAAGGCUGGUACUCCUGGGUACUCAGCAUGCUUUAUGGCUUCUUGUUGACCUUUGGUUUUAUCACAAUGACACCGCAGCUAUUUAUCAACUACAAAAUGAAAUCUGUAGCUCACCUCCCAUGGAGGAUGCUAACCUACAAGGCUCUCAAUACCUUUAUCGAUGAUCUCUUUGCCUUUGUGAUCAAGAUGCCCAUGAUGUACAGGAUAGGAUGCCUAAGAGAUGAUGUGGUGUUCUUCAUCUACCUUUACCAGCGUUGGAUCUAUCGCGUCGAUCCCAACAGAGUCAAUGAAUUUGGCACCAGCGGAUUGGACCACACCCAGAACAACACAGCAGAGACUCCAGCUGUCACAGACAAACCAGAGGGAGAGAAAAAGAACGAUUAAACAUGAUCCCGCUCUUAUCUUCGCCCGUGGCUCUGACUGCUGGGUUUGAAGAGGACUUGUGGAAGUUAGUGCAGGGAGGGGAGUGGCCUUUAUGGAAGCCACUAUAACAAGAAAAAACAUACAAACAAGAAAGUUGCAGAUAACCCUUCCUUCUGAUCUCUUUGUGGAUCCAGAGCCCUAUUCAGUGUAGACUUGGUAAAUUCUUAUUUCUGUUCUACCGCCCUCCCCUGCCCUCUCGUUUUGCAGUUCAAGUGAAGUAAAACAAAAAGUGAUGUUCUGUAUUCUGUAAGAUUUCUUUUCAGAGGGUAACAAUGUGUUCGACUAGAUAUUUGAAGGGGAACAGUUGGCAGUUAUUCUCCAUUUGACUUCUAAAACUGAAGAAAAAAGCCAAGUGCAACUUUUGUUCUUUGUGUCGAUUCCUCGUGAAUUUUCUUUUCAUUCCAUGUGAGCGCUGCGUUUCAGGUCGCCUAGAAAUUAAUGUGUAGUGCUGGAGGAAACUGGAAAGGUUCUGAGCCACACUGGAGGAAGAGAGGUGGUGACAAAACGGACGACCCUGCAGGGCGCGCUACGCACGAAACAAUGACUACUACGCUAGAUUUUUAACAUGGUCUAGACUUGAACAGAUAGGAAUAAAAAAAAAAUAACAGCCUUGUUGGUAUUAAUAGAAAAUGAUAAAAUAAAGACUUGAUUUCUUUUUCUUUUUUUCAAAUCCCUGAAGCAUUUUUUGUAUCAACCUUAAACUGUACAGACUCCUCAAUAUUUAAUGUUCGAACUGUUCAGAAAUCGGUGAGUUGUACAUCUAAUUCCCCCCCCCCAUCAGCUGGAUGUCUGAUUGUCUCAUUAACUUCAUCGAAUCACAGCAGCGAGAGGACACACCAGAUUUGAGCAAACAGAACUAUUCUCUUUUAUGGUGUUUUUUUUUUUCUUUCUUUUUUUUUAUUUUCAGUGCUGUAAAUUAAAAGAAAAGGGUGCAUAUUAAAUUUUUGAGCCUUCAUGUUUAUAGUAAAAACUAAGUGUGAUUUAAAAUGUCUAUGCAAUGCUUUUUUCCAGAUUUUACUUUGUAUUUGUGUUUUUCAUAAUGUUUUUCAGUUGGAACUACAUUUUAUUGGUUUCUUAAUGAUACUGGAAGAGAAGAUGUGUUUGAAAAGCAUCCACAAUAUCAUUCGGUUUUUAGUCCUCCAAAUUGUCUCUUACAAUUCUUGUAUGUCUGCAAAAAAAAAGCAACCAGCAUUUAGUUUCUUGCAGCCUCAAGAGAAUUGCCAAUAGACUCUUGAGUUUGCAAAUAAAAUAUUAACUGUA